AUGGAUUCAGACGUCCUGCCUGCGUUCGUCGGACAUUGUUACGGAGGAGCGAUGCUGAUCAUCCUCGGAACUUGGUAUGCCUUCGGCAUGUGGCGAGGUUACGUCGUCAGCCGACUCCGAAGACGUCCUUACCACGGGACCGCCUUCUUCACGCUGCGAGGUACCAGAAGGACAAUCUGUGUCGACGGGCUGUACAAGAUGGCGGCAGGUUGCUUCGGAACCGCCAAUUAUGCCUGGCUGGGAAUAAGCAACGGCCAUUUCACGGAGACGUCGAACGCCCAACACAUGUCCCUCUUCGUGUUCUACGGCCUGAGUGGCAUUCUGGACGUGCUGACUGCUAACAAGACUCCAUUACCAGAAGGAAGUGACUAUGCAGGUCUCAUGAUGGCCUUUUCUGUGCAAGCCUUGCUGUUCCACUUCCACCUCCACGGCCGGUCGCCGAUGGAUAUCCUUGUGCAUACACUUCUUGUGUACACCACUGUGGUGGCCGCGGUCUGCAUCGGGAUCGAAAUGGCAUUUCGCAGAAGUGCAUUGGCUGCCUUGGGUCGGGCCUUCUUCACGAUUCUGCAAGGGACAUGGCUCGUCCAGAUUGCCUUCAUACUCUACAGUCCAUGGUCUGGCGGUCACUCGUGGAAAGAUGACCACCAGGAUUUGAUGCUGGCCACGGCUGUUUACACCUGGCACAUGGCUGGGAUAGUGGUGGCCCUUUCUUUCGUCGGAGCUCUUACAGGGCUAUUCAUGCGGGGUUCACCAUUGCACAAGUGGACGGGAAGACGUAGAGAUUCGUCUAUCAAUCUACACGACACUGGUACUGAAUAA